CCAAGGCGAACUGGAGCAGCGAAAACGAAGCGCCGGAGCUGGGCAAAAGCUCCAAAAACGCUGCAGAGCCCAAAUUCAGAAGGAGAGAGGGAGAAAGAGGAACGAGCGAGAGCCAGGGAGAGAGAUAAACAGGGGCAGAGAGCGCUAUCGCUUACAGGGAGAGCCACCUUGUGGCGAGAGUAUCCCCGAGAUAUUUAGAUUGUUAUUUGGCGACACUGACAGCGACAGUCCCGCACAGAAUUAUCUGCUCAGUGCUAAAGUUGUACUCGUGCUGCGUAGCUCGUGUGGGCAAGAGGCAAGGACGUUUCUCGACACGCCCACUCGCCACCUGCCGCCCGCCACCGCCCCUGGCGCCUGCCGCCCGCCACGCCCCCCGCCAGCUGGAGGAAGCAGCUGCUUUUCAGUAGUGAAGUGGAAGUGUGCGUGCGCGUUUCGCGGCAAACGGAACUGCCGCCGGUCGUAAGGCAAGAAACGCGCAGGAUAAACGCGAAUUAGAAUCUAGUGCUACGAAAAUCCAGUCACUUUUUGCAUAAUACGGGGUGGAAACUGAAAUUCAAGCGGCGCGUAAAUAUACUAUUUACUUUCUCGUGUGCACCCCCCUUUUAUCAACGAACGUGUUAUCAGCAACCGAAGCGCGACAAAAACACAGAAACGUACUAAAAAACAAACAAAAAAAUAUACAAAAAACCGAAAUGAAAAGAAAAGGCAUUUGAAUGCGUGAGUGUGUGUUUAGUAAAAAGCCCGAAAAACUUAGGCUCACCGAAAAAAAGGAACUGAUUUUCCUCAAUCAAAGGGAAAAAUCAACGGUUAACCGGCGAGUGGACGCAUUUAAAGCCGCUCGAAAAAGACAAACAAAGGGGCAGACGUGCGUGAAGCGAAAUCUGGCGGCUAACCGAUGAGACUGGCCUAUCAUCAAUUACCCCAUUGCCACGCACCUGGCCAUUAAAGUGGUGGUGUGUGCAGAGCAACAGGUUGGCCGGGAAAAUCCCCCAGGAUUCCAGGAGCACCGGGCACCGCCAUAAGUGGGCGAGUACGUGACUUAAUCAGCGGACGCAGCAGGAUUCGGAGUCUGGCUAACGAGGCAAAGGCUACCAGAAGGAUCAGAAAAACUAGGAGAAAGAGUAGCAGGAGCAGGAGCAGCAGCAGGAGGAGGAGGAGCUGCCUCCCAUUUGGCCCGCAAUGAUUUCAGGCACGGCACACUGAGCAGCAGCAGCAACAUGACAGAUGUGUCAUCGCCAGCUGGCGGCGCCGCAGCUCCGGUUGAAAUGACCACCAGCAGCUCCAUAGCCGCCACCCCGUCAUCCUCGUCCUUGGCGACAUCCUCGACAAAACCGCUGACCAAUGGCGCCAACAAGACGGCCACAUCAACGGCAGCUGGCAGCUCGGGAUCUGGAGCCCUCGCCUCCGCCAGCUCAAGUGGCAAUCAGGUCAAGCUGGAGCAUCAUCACCGGCAGAGCAAUAACAAUCGACCUGCGGCCAACACCACCACCACCAGUCGCAGUCCGGAAAUCAAGCUGAGAUCUCCGUCCGGCGAAGGUGAUGGUGCCUCCAGGCUGAUGGCCACUUCCCCAACCCAAUCGCCCUCGCUGACGAGCAUGCAAACCCAGACGGGUCAGCCGGAUAGGUUGGCCAGGGCGAGCACUUCGACGGUCUCGCAGCAGGAUGUGGAUGAGGUGGCCCGGCUGUUCGAGGAGAAGCCGGAGGCCUUCGAGAAGUGGCUGACGGAGCGGGCUCCUCCGGAGGCCCUCAGCCGGCUGCAGGAGUUCAUCGAGAAUCGCAAGCCGCACAAGCGACCCUCGGUCACCUCGGAUCUCUUCCAGCAGUGGAUGGCCGCCUCGCCCACCGUGCAGCAGAAAUCCCCUCGGAGUCUCUCGAACUCUUCGGCAUCGUCGCUCCCCGAGAGCCGGAGGCACCUAAUGGACCUGGACGAGGGCGAGCUCUUCAUGGAACUGAUUCGCGACGUGGCCAACGAGCUGGACAUCGACGUGCUGUGCCACAAGAUUCUGGUCAAUGUCGGGCUGCUCACCCACGCGGAUCGGGGCUCCCUCUUUUUGGCCAAGGGCACGCCCACCAACAAGUAUCUGGUGGCCAAGCUAUUCGAUGUCACUCAAAAGACAGCACUCAAGGACGCGGUGACUCGGGCCAGUGCCGAGGAGAUUAUCAUUCCCUUUGGCAUUGGAAUCGCGGGAAUGGUGGCCCAGACAAAGCAGAUGAUUAACAUCAAGGAGGCCUACAAGGAUGCGCGCUUCAACUGCGAAAUCGAUCUGAAAACCGGCUACAAGACGAACGCCAUCCUCUGCAUGCCCAUCUGCAAUUACGAGGGCGACAUCAUAGGCGUGGCGCAAAUUAUCAACAAAACGAAUGGCUGCAUGGAGUUCGAUGAGCACGACGUGGAAAUCUUCCGUCGGUAUCUGACCUUCUGCGGGAUCGGCAUUCAGAAUGCCCAGCUCUUUGAGAUGUCCGUGCAGGAAUACCGGCGCAACCAAAUCCUCCUCAAUCUGGCCCGCAGCAUCUUCGAGGAGCAGAACAAUCUCGAGUGCCUCGUCACCAAAAUCAUGACAGAGGCCCGCGAACUUCUCAAGUGCGAGAGGUGCUCGGUUUUCCUAGUGGACCUCGACUGUUGCGAAGCGAGCCAUUUGGAGAAGAUAAUUGAGAAGCCCAAUCAGCCAGCCACCCGCGCCAUCAAAUCCGCCGAUAGCUUCGAGGAGAAGAAAAUGCGCAACCGUUUCACUGUGCUCUUCGAACUCGGCGGCGAGUACCAGGCUGCCAAUGUUUCGAGGCCAUCUAUCAGCGAGCUGAGCUCCUCGACUUUGGCCCAAAUUGCCCAGUUUGUGGCCACCACCGGGCAGACAGUCAACAUCUGCGAUGUGCACGAGUGGGUAAGGGAACACAAUCAGAUUCGGGCGGAGGAUGAAAUAGACAGCACCCAGGCCAUCCUCUGCAUGCCCAUCAUGAAUGCCCAGAAGACGGUCAUUGGCGUUGCCCAACUUAUCAACAAGGCCAACGGCGUUCCCUUCACCGAGUCGGAUGCCUCGAUUUUCGAGGCUUUCGCCAUCUUCUGCGGCCUGGGCAUCCACAACACCCAGAUGUACGAGAAUGCCUGCAAGUUGAUGGCCAAGCAGAAGGUGGCUCUGGAGUGCCUCAGCUACCAUGCCACCGCUAGCCAGGAUCAGACGGAGAAGCUCACCCAGGACGCGAUUGCGGAGGCGGAGGCCUACAACCUGUACAGCUUCACCUUCACUGACUUUGAAUUGGUGGAUGAUGAUACCUGUCGAGCGGUUCUUCGCAUGUUUAUGCAAUGCAAUCUGGUAUCUCAGUUCCAAAUACCUUAUGAUGUCCUCUGCCGUUGGGUCUUGAGUGUUCGAAAGAACUAUCGUCCUGUGAAGUACCACAAUUGGCGGCAUGCCCUUAACGUGGCCCAAACGAUGUUUGCCAUGCUUAAAACCGGAAAGAUGGAGCGCUUCAUGACGGACCUGGAGAUUUUGGGCCUGUUGGUGGCCUGUUUGUGCCAUGAUUUGGAUCAUCGCGGCACCAACAAUGCCUUCCAGACCAAAACAGAAUCUCCACUGGCUAUUUUGUACACCACCAGCACGAUGGAGCACCAUCACUUCGAUCAGUGCGUGAUGAUACUCAAUUCGGAGGGAAAUAACAUAUUCCAGGCCCUCUCACCUGAGGACUAUCGCUCGGUAAUGAAAACAGUGGAAAGCGCCAUCCUGUCCACCGAUCUGGCCAUGUAUUUCAAGAAGCGCAACGCUUUCCUCGAGUUGGUGGAAAACGGGGAGUUCGACUGGCAGGGCGAGGAGAAGAAGGAUUUACUUUGUGGCAUGAUGAUGACAGCCUGCGAUGUGAGUGCCAUUGCCAAGCCUUGGGAAGUUCAGCACAAGGUGGCCAAGCUGGUGGCCGACGAGUUCUUCGACCAGGGCGAUCUCGAGAAGCUGCAGCUCAACACCCAGCCAGUGGCCAUGAUGGACAGGGAGCGCAAGGACGAGCUGCCCAAGAUGCAGGUGGGUUUCAUCGAUGUUAUAUGCCUCCCCCUCUACAGAGUGCUCUGCGACACCUUCCCCUGGAUCACUCCGCUCUACGAGGGCACCCUGGAGAACCGACGCAACUGGCAGGAUCUGGCCGAGAAAGUGGAGAUGGGCCUCACCUGGAUCGAUCACGAUACCAUUGACAAGCCGGUGGAGGAGUUUGCCGCCUGUGCGGAUGAGGAGAUCAAGGACAUCGAGUUCACGGUGACCACGCUCAACUGCAAUCAGCAGUCGCAGCACGGCAGCGAGGACAGUCACACGCCGGAGCACCAACGCAGUGGCUCCCGGCUGAGCAUGAAGAAGACCGGAGCCCUGGGCAAGGCGGUGAGAUCCAAGCUCUCCUCCAAGCUCUACAACAGCAUGGAUGGCUCGAAGCCGAAGACCUCGCUCAAGCUCCUGGAGUCCCAUGUCAGCGAGGACAUGGACGACAAGAGUCCCACGAGUCCUUCGCAGCCGCAGGCCUCCGGCAGCAUGGGUCGCAUGUCCGCCUCGUCAUCCACCUCCUCGGCCGGGGGUCAGAUGGUGGACAAGUCCAAGAAGCGAUCCAAGCUGUGCGCGUUGUUAUGACGAAAGCCCUCCAAUUAGAAUAUGGCGACUCCCUCCAGCACGACGGGCAGUGAGACUGACCACAAGUGCGGAGGGGGGAUGACCGAGUUCUAAUUGGAUUUUGGGUUUGCGAAUUCACAAAAACUUGUUGUGCUCUACCUGUAUAUAUUACAGUGUUUGGCAUUCGAUUUAGGUUGAAUUUGGGAAGAGUUUUUAUUGAUGAAAUUAUUGUUUUAAAAAAAGCAGCGAAUGCUGCUUAAAUUUCAAUUUAAUGUGGUUGAUUAUAAGAAUAUCAAAAAGGCGUUAUUGUAUUGCGUUCUGUUUAUUAAAAACCUUUCCCUAUAACAAUGUCAAAAACAUUUUAUUAUUAUAAUCCAUAAAAGUAUAAUUUCAUGAACAAAACCCCCAUCAAAUUCAAUCGAAAUCGAAGACAAAUGCAGGGGUAUAUGUAUAUGUUUGAAAUAUGUUUUAAGUACUAUAACUAUCCAUAUACAAGCGGAGGAGCAUUAAGCAGAAGCAAAUGCAGUUGCAAUAUUAAGCAUAAGUGAAUGUCAAAAUAUGUGAUCUAUUUAAGGUCCCGAAGGUGCGAAGCCCCCGGGUUGAACCUUUUGUCGGAUACUAUCCCUUCUCUCUAUCUAUCUGUCUUUCGCCUAUAGGUGAUCGAAAACCGCGAAACUAAACUAAACUAACUAAGUAGAUCGAAUCCAAACAACUAGCUAAGCGUGUACGUAGUUACCCCAACCAAAUCGUGCUAGUCAACGUAUGAAAUACUAUAUGAAAACUACUAAGUUAAGAAUUUUUGAGGCUACAGUCCAGGCAUCGGACAUCAGGAGUCGCAAGGGACGGAAGAAGGAUCACCACUAGUCCUCGCCUGUGAUCGAUCAGCUUGAAACCUACUUUAUAGCUAACUAAUAGACAUAUAUGUAUGCACAGAGGUGUGUAUUUACGUAGCAAACUAUAGCAAUAUUAUAUGAUAUUUCCCACACGAUUGUGAGCACAGCACAAACAUAGAGAAAUCGAACAGAAGGCAGAAGACGAGGCAACUGAUGGGGAAUGAGUAAUACCUUUCGUACUGUGUUUGAUUGUAUAAAUAUAAAUAUUAGCCUAAAGAUACACAGCAGUCAAUUUUUGAACUCGAACUCAAGCAAAAUACGAAUACGAUAGAUAUUUGGCAAAUAUUCGCACUCGGUCAAUACGAAUAAUCCGGUCCCACACACUCUCCUAGUUGUUGCAAUCAAGUUUACUUUAUCUGUGUGUACGUGUACAAAGAAAACUAUAUACUAUAGGGCAUAUAUAUAAACAAAAUAUUUAUAAACAUACGGAAACUAUAUAAAAUAUUUACAUGUGACUAAUGUAACUAUAACUGAAUUGCUUAGAAUUAAAUGUUUAAGGGCAUCUUGUUUAAAGUUUUCAUUGGUCUGUGUGUGCUAAUCAAAUUUUGGCUAAAAGAGAGUCAACAUAAAUAAAUAUUGAAAACUAUUUUUCUAGUUACUCUGCCGCUCGCUUCAAAAUCAAAAUCCAGACAACUUUAUCAGCCGGUUUAAAUCCUCUUCUGGACUUAGUUGUGACAAUUAAUUGUGUAUAUUUCUCGAUCUUUUCGUUGCUUGUUUCUGUUCCCCAACGAUUUAAGAAUAAUUCACAUUUGUUUACCUAACUAUGUAAGACUUGCAAUUAAAUCAAAAAUAAAUCACACCAUUGAGAAUUACUCUAAA